AUGUGGAACGGUGCGAAUUCCACAGAAGAUUCUGACGACACCAAAAUUAUGGAACGACAGGACACGGAAACGGAAUCCGAAGAUCAUUACACGGCGCAAAAGUAUCAGGACGUUCGCCGGAAACAGGCGGAGUCGUAUCACGAUCUGGAGCACAAGUGUUGCUCCAAGUGCAAUCAAUUGUGUUAUGAGUUCGAAUCACCGGAGCUGGGGAGAAGGCGCUCGAGAAGAGCGAAGGAUCAGCUGCAGCACUGUCCCUCCUGCCACUGCCCGCCCGAGACGAUAAAGUACUCGAUCGGGAGAACGAACUAUCCGAAAAACAUGGAUGCGGUUUUGAACGAAUACGAAGACUUUUUGAUAGAUCCGACGAGUCGGCCGUUCAAGAAAUCGCAGAGCUAUCAGCUGUCGCCGAGGCUUUGUCGGGUGUCGCAAUGCGGCCACCCUGCGUACGGUCAUCAUCAUUCGAGGAAGAGACAGACGAGUAGUCAUCGACGACAAUGCAGGAACGAACAGGAUCCGACGCUCUCUAUCAUGAAGAGCAUAUUGCACUCGAGUGCGAACGACACCAGCUACGAAUAUCCGCGUUCCGUGAGGAACAGGAAAGAUGGUUGGAGAAACGAUCAAAUAAUGUCAGGAAUCACAGGGGCCGUGGAAAUGGAUCGCGACGGGGACAAGUAUACGCAGCAGAAGAGGGAACAGAUCCUGAAGCCGAGACAGCAGGUCGACGCUAUGAACAAGUUGAACGAGAGAUACGAGUUGGGUGACUACGAGGACGACGACUGCUUGUACACCAGAGGCCGAUUGAGAUUCGACUUCGAGGAAGAGAAAAAGAAGCAAGCGCGGAAGAAGGCUGAGAAUUCGCCGAAUCGACACUCGAUCUUAAAAACGUGCAGCGCGCACUCCUCGUCGAGGAUAAAAAACGAGGAUUCGCUCAAAAGUGAGAUUAUCGAUCCGAGCGAGUUUCCGAAAGACGAAGAGAGUUUGCCGAAGGAAACGGAGAAUCGAUUGGUGAAACCGAGUCAACGAUCGACUCGACAGACUGAGAACUCUCCUUGCAGGCCGGAUAAGGAACCGGCGGGCAACAGGGAAGAAGUCAGAGACGACUCGUUGUCCGACCUGGCCGUGAAAGACGAGGAACAAGAAACGUCCCACAGGAAGAACAUUUACGCGGGUGGCGAUCUCGACGUGGAUCUCCACACCACUAAAAGUUACAUUCUCGGUCUCAUCGACAAAGUCCUCAACAAAAAGCUUUCGUCUUCGUCGGAUCAGCAAAAGAACGCGGAUUCGAAUCGAGGAUUAACGACGGAGCAAGGCAUUUACAUAGAAAUAAGGCGUGCGUUGCAGAGCGAUCUGUGCGAACCGAGCGCCGAGGAUCUGUUGAGCCAGUCGAAAUUGAACGUAGAUUAUAUAAAGCAUCUGAAGGAUCUCAGGUGGGAGCGUAUGAAUCAUAUUCAGAACGAGCUGAGGGAACUGGUGAAAAUUCAAAAGUUUUUGGACACGUACUCGCCGAGGCAAUCGAUGUCCGCGUUUCAGUCGCACUCGGCUGCGGUCGAGCAGCGGAUCGAGGACAGGCAGCAACAGCAAUACGAGGAGAAACAGAAUUUAGGAAGCAUCUCUUGA